UUGUGAGCAACGAUAAGAAAGUAGGCGAAGAAUACUUCACCAAGCAAAUAUGUACAUACAUACAUAUGUAUGUAUUUCACUAAUAAAUUCGAAUAUUUGUUUUGUGCCAAGCGUGCAAAAUUGGUGACACAAUUGGCGUGACAAUUCGCUCAAUUAGUACGUGUACCAGAAAAGCGGUUUUUGCCAUUCAGUUAAAUAGUUCUUAGGUGCGUUGUGAGGGUCUCUCUAUGUCGAACAACAAGGAACUGAUGUGGCAUUAUGCCGUGGCCCUAGUUGUGUUGGGUUCGAGUGUCUACCACUGCCAUCUGAAGCUGAAGUCGAAAUUGGAGGACAUGCGUCUGAGGGACAGCGUCCAUCAGUUCACCGUUUCGGACACCCAUGGUCAGAUGGUGCGGCUACAGAGCUAUGCCGGCCAGGUGCUCCUCAUUGUCAACAUUGCCUCUCGCUGCGGUCUGACCCAAGCACAGUACACUGGUCUGGCAAUGCUGCGAGAUAAAUACGAGGCGCGUGGGCUUAGGAUUUUGAAUUUUCCCUGCAAUCAGUUUGGUAAUCAAAUGCCUGAGGCAGAUGGCUUCGAAUUGCUGGAACAUAUGCGGCAGGUGAAGCUAAAUAUUGGCAGUUUGUUUGCCAAGCUGGAGGUGAAUGGCUUGACGGCUGCACCUCUAUUCGAAAUGCUCAAACGGAAGCGUUGCCACGUUCCGGGAGGUGAAAUCGAGUGGAAUUUUGGCAAAUUUCUGAUCGAUAAGUUUGGCUAUGUCUAUCGACGUUACGAACCCCAAACACCACCAUCAGCGCUGGAAGAGGACAUUGAACACCUACUGAAUUAUCGGUGAAAUGCGAGUUGACUGAAAGGAAAGCGAAAAAUAACAAUAAAUAAUAAACCCACAAAGAAAUAAAAUAAAUGUAUAUUUGUACCCGCGUGAUAACUGAAUGACUGAUGGAAUACAACUAAUAAACAAAAAAAAACAAUAAUAUUUAUAUGAAACAUAA